GCCCAGACUGCGCUUAGCUGUGAAUGGACCAAUCUAGAAAACUCAAGAACCCAUCUUUCUCCUCCCAUUUGCAGACCAGUUUUACACUCUGUGGCUCCAGGACAUGACUUCCAACUCACGCCAGCCUGAAUGAGGGUGAUGCGGGGCAUCGUUUGUAGCGGGACGGUACUUUUUAUAGCCCGCUGAGCCUUUGCGGGUAACGGUUCUUCUAAGGUAGACACCGUUCUAACAUUAGCGCUAAAUGAGCAGUGUGGUUAUACUACCAGCCUUUAAUUGCUAUAAGCGUAACAAACCAGUUCGAUUUGUCAUUCAGCUGUUGUCGACAGGAAACCACUAACAGCAGUCAACUGACAACGCCAAGAAAAAUUAGGGUUUCUCUUUCAACGUGUUCUAAGGAUUAAAACUUAUCAAGGUGAGCUGAUGUUCUUAAGUACGCAUCCUGCAAGGGAUUUUUUAACUCUGGUGGACAACUAGGAUCGACUGGGAUAUGAUUUAAUCUGAACAAAGGAAUCACCAGGAUGGGGUUGCUCGGAAGCAAAAAUCAGCUGACAUCCAAUGAGAAACACACUUCUGGAAGCAACCCAAAAACCAAGAGUAAAACUCCUCCCGCCCCACCCAAGGGCAGACAAUUUAUCAACUUCCCUCAUCUAAACCAAGCCUCUGUACAAGAUAACUUGGUUGUGAUUGCACUGUACGAUUUUCCUGCCGCAAGUGACCGUGAUCUGCAGCUGGUCAAGGGGGAGAAACUCCAAGUUCUCUCCAACGAGGGUGACUGGUGGCUGGCAAAAUCCCUCAGCAGCGGGAGGAAAGGCUACAUCCCCAGUAACUUCGUUGCACAAGUAGACAGUUUGGAAGAGGAAAAGUGGUAUUUUAAAACUCUGAGCAGAAAAGAUGCUGAACGGCUGCUGUUGUCUUCUGGUAACAAAGUCGGCUCUUUCCUUGUCCGAGAGAGUGAAACCAGCAAAGGUGCCUAUUCCUUGUCCGUGAGAGACAGCGACUCUGCUCAUGGGGACAUCAUCAAACACUACAGGAUCCGCUCCUUAGACGGCGGGGGGUGUUACAUCUCCCCCAGGAUGACUUUCUCCAGCCUGCCAGAGCUAAUCCAUCAUUACAGCCAGAAAGGAGAUGGCCUGUGCCAGCGACUCACAGCUCCCUGCAUAUCCCUGGCUCCCCAGAGACCCUGGGCACAGGACGAAUGGGAGAUCCCACGGGAGUCUCUGAAGCUCGUGAAGAAACUUGGCAGUGGGCAGUUUGGGGAAGUGUGGAUGGGCUACUACAAGAACAACAUCAAGGUGGCUGUGAAGACCAUGAAGGAGGGCAGCAUGGAUCCUGAUGCCUUCUUGGCAGAAGCAAACUUGAUGAAGAGGCUCCAGCAUAACAAACUCGUCCGGCUAUAUGCAGUAGUCACGAAGCAGCCGAUCUACAUUGUGACAGAGUACAUGGCCAACGGGUGUUUGCUGGAUUACUUGAAGACAGAAGAAGGAAGCCAACUGAAUCUCCCAAAACUCAUUGAUAUGUCAGCUCAGGUGGCAGAGGGAAUGGCGUACAUCGAGCGCAUGAACUCCAUCCACCGUGACUUGAGAGCUGCCAACAUCCUCGUCUCGGAGACGCUCUGCUGCAAAAUUGCUGAUUUUGGCCUGGCCAGGAUCAUCGAGAACGAAUACUUGGCACAAGAAGGUGCCAAAUUCCCGAUCAAAUGGACGGCACCGGAGGCUAUUAACUUUGGAGUUUUCACCAUCAAAUCUGACGUGUGGUCUUUCGGGAUCCUCCUGACAGAAAUCAUAACCUACGGCAGGAUCCCUUAUCCAGGGAUGACCAACCCCGAGGUGAUUCGCAACCUGGAGCGGGGCUACCGCAUGCCCUGUCCGGACAUGUGCCCCGGCGAACUCUACAAUAUCAUCCUGAAAUGUUGGCGAAACAAGCCUGAGGAGCGCCCGACCUUCGAGUACCUGCAGUCAGUCCUUGAGGACUUUUACACCGCCACGGAGAAGCAGUACGAGCCGGAGCCUCAGCAGUAAGCCACCGUCCCACCAGCACCUGGGGAUAGAUCUGGAGGAAAGCCACCACCCGGCGAUGGCCUUUCCCUUUCUCCUGUGUGCCACCACGAUGCAUCUGGAGACGGGGAACAAGGAGGGACACGAGGGAGGUGGAUCCUGCCAGCUCCGUGGAUGUCAUGGAGACUAAAGCGGUGGCUGAGAGCUGGCACAGCUCCUUCCUCAUCCGCCUUGGAGGUCUGUACCCACUUUGCAGACACUGCCUCUGCCAUGAAGGACAGCAAGCUCCUUCGUGACCCACCUGGACACAUGAAAGUCCCUCAGCCCUGCAACUGCAGCCCUGGGAAGAAGGCCACGGCCAGGGUGGUGGUACGGGGGGGUGCACAAUCUCUCCCCUCCUUCUGAUGGCACUGCCAGCAAUACUACAACCCCCUUCACGCCACGGGCAGGGGUGGCAACGUGUCCUAUCUGCACCUCCUUGAGCCACACCAGGUCCCCAAGCUCUGGAGCAAUCUCUCCAGGUGGUGCCACCCCUCUGCCCCGAGUCAAUAAUA